AUGGGUUGCGUGUAUUCGAGGGUGUGUAUUGGAGCGGUGAGUAGUAGUACAAGUUCGAGAGAUGCAAGAAGGAAAGAGGAGGCCCGGAAUGCGGGGAGUAUUGAGAUCCCGGUUUUCUCACCCAACUCGGAAGAAGAAGACGGCGUGGGUUUGGAUCAGUUCAAUGGGAGUAACUACAGCAGAGAUGCUGAGAUGGGGAUUACUAGGCUGUCGAGGGUUUCGGCACAGUUUCUACCUCCAAAUGGGUGCAGAACGGUGAAGGUACCUUCUGGAGGGUACGAGUUGAGAUACUCUUAUUUGUCUCAAAGGGGGUUUUACCCUGAUGCUCUUGAUAAGGCUAAUCAGGACAGUUUUUGUAUUCACACUCCGUUUGGGACCAACCCGGAUGAUCAUUUUUUCGGGGUUUUCGAUGGGCAUGGAGAGUUUGGAGCUGAGUGUUCACAGUUUGUGAAGAGGAAGUUGUGUGAGAAUUUGCUUAGGAAUGGGAAGUUUCAGGUGGAUGCUGUGGAGGCUUGUCACUCGGCGUUUAUUGCGACGAAUACUCAGCUGCAUGAGGAUGAGAGUGUUGAUGAUAGCAUGAGUGGGACGACCGCGAUUACUGUGUUGGUUAGAGGUAGGAAGAUGUACAUUGCCAAUUCGGGGGAUUCCAGGGCGGUUAUAGCGGAGAGGAGAGGGGAGGAGCUUGUGGCUGUGGAUCUUUCGAUUGAUCAGACGCCGUUUAGAGUGGAUGAGCUUGAGAGGGUUAAGCUUUGCGGUGCGAGAGUGCUUACAUUGGAUCAGAUUGAAGGGCUGAAGAAUCCGGAUGUGCAGUGCUGGGGGACUGAGGAAGGUGAUGAUGGUGAUCCACCGAGGCUGUGGAUACCGAAUGGGAUGUAUCCUGGGACUGCUUUUACGAGGAGUAUUGGUGAUUCGAUUGCUGAGUCUAUUGGAGUUGUUGCCAACCCUGAGAUUGUGGUUUUGGAGCUUACUCAGAAUCAUCCUUUUUUCGUGCUUGCUAGUGAUGGAGUGUUUGAGUUUAUGUCUAGCCAAACCGUGGUUGAUAUGGUUGCAAAAUAUAAAGAUCCACGUGAUGCUUGUGCUGCAAUUGUUGCCGAAUCUUAUAAACUUUGGCUGCAGUAUGAGACCCGUACAGAUGAUAUUACAGUGAUCGUGGUGCAUGUAGAUGGGCUAACUGCUACUGCUGUGGGUCAAUCGGUACAGCCUUCUUUUUUACGGUCACCCGUUCCUCAAGUUGUAGAGAUUACAGGAUCAGAAUCUCCGUCAACCAUUGGCUGGAACUCAAGGAACCCUCGCAUAAGACAUGAUUUAUCAAAGGCACGUCUGCGUGUGAUUGAAAAUUCUCUAGAAAACGGACAAGUUUGGGUUCCUCCAUCUCCAGCCCACAGAAAAACCUGGGAGGAAGAAGCACAAAUUGAGCGAGCUUUACAUGAUCAUUUCCUCUUCAGGAAACUUACAGACUCUCAGUGUCAUGUUUUGUUGGAUUGCAUGCAAAGGGUUGAGGUCCAGCCUGGGGACAUUGUUGUUAGACAGGGUGGUGAAGGUGACUGCUUUUAUGUUGUUGGCAAUGGAGAAUUUGAGGUGUCGGCGAUCCAGGAAGAAAACAAUGGAGAGGUUCCGAGGGUUCUGCAACGAUAUACGGCUGACAAACUUUCAUCCUUUGGAGAACUUGCACUAAUGUAUAACAAACCACUCCAGGCAUCCGUUCGUGCUGUGACAACUGGAACUCUCUGGGCUUUGAAAAGAGAAGACUUCCGUGGAAUUCUAAUGUCAGAGUUUUCUAAUUUGUCAUAUUUGAAGUUGCUUCGAUCAGUGGAUCUUUUAUCCAGGUUGACAAUCUUACAGCUCAGCCAUAUUGCUGAUUCUCUCUCUGAGGUUUCAUUCUCAGAUGGGCAAACAAUUGUCAAUGAGAAUGAAGGCCUACUGGCAUUGUACAUAAUUCAGAAGGGAAAAGUGAGGAUUACAUUUGACGCAAAUUCAGUCAGUAAUCCAGUCGUCUGCAGUCUCAUGUCUGAUGAUCAAAAAGAUGAUCAUCAGAGUGGUAAAGAGAUUAUAGUGGAGAAGACAGAAGGAAGCUACUUUGGCGAAUGGACACUUCUUGGUGAACAUAUUGAUUUGUUUAGUGCAGUUGCUGUGGGGGAUGUUGUUUGCGCUGUUUUGACAAAGGAAAGAUUUGAUUCAGUCAUUGGCCCUUUAACAAAGCUUAAUCAGGAUGAUCAGCAAUCAAGAGAUCAAUCCUCGGAAACUUUAACGGAACCUGCUAAAAGUAUUGAUGUCUCUACUCUUACUAAAGUUCAGCUUGCUGAUUUGGAGUGGAGGAGGUGUCUGUAUUCCACCGACUGCAGUGAGAUUGGGCUUGUUCUUUUAAAAGAUCCAGAAAAUUUGCUUAGUUUGAAAAGGUUUUCAAGGCAGAAGGUCAGAAAGUUUGGAAAAGAAGCACAAGUACUAAAAGAGAAGGAUCUAAUCAAGAGCAUAAGCCCUUCAGCUUGUGUGCCACAGGUUCUGUCCACCUGUGUUGAUCAGACACAUGCUGCAAUACUGCUCAAUACAUGCAUUGCUUGUCCAUUGGCCUCAAUACUACGCACACCCCUUGAUGAAACAUCUGCCCAAUUUUGUACAGCCUCUCUAAUUAUUGCUUUGGAGGAUCUCCACAAGAAUGACGUUCUCUACAGAGGCUUGUCUCCUGAUGCUUUAAUGUUGGACCACACAGGACAUUUACAGCUUGUAGACUUCAGAUUCGGGAAAAAGUUAUCAGGCCAAAGAACAUAUACAAUUUGUGGAACGGCAGACUUUUUAGCUCCAGAGGUAGUUCAGGGAAUAGGCCAUGGUUUCCCAGCUGACUGGUGGGCAUUGGGAGUCUUGAUAUAUUUCAUGCUACAAGGUGAGUUGCCUUUUGGGUCAUGGAGAGUAAGUGAGCUUGAUACAUUUACAAAGAUUGCGAAGGGACAGCUUAAUCUUCCUCAAACUUUUAGCCCCGAAGUUGUUGAUCUCAUCACCAAGUUACUCGUGGUCGAUGAAAACACCAGACUUGGAAGCCAAGGUUCUGAUUCUGUUAAAAGUCAUCCCUGGUUUAAUGGUAUCGAUUGGAAAGGGAUUAAGGACUGUAGUUUUCCUGUUCCUCCGGAGAUCACCUCUCGCAUAACUCAACAUCUGGAAAGUCACUCAGAUGAGUAUAGUGUUCCCCAAGGUUCUCUGUCAGACGAUGAAGACGAACUUGACAUUCCAGAAUGGUUUGAUGACUGGUAGAAGGAUGAAAAAGUACAGGUUUUCACCGUAGUAAACUAUUUUGAGAUGGGGCUUCUCUUUUGUGCUGUGAGAUUGACUGAACAGCGGUCCCAUUAUACUUGACUUGAAUUACAAUCACAGGCUCUGCUGCUAAUUAGCCAUUGUUGAGGUCAGUUGUUAGAUUUCGUUUCUUUAUCUUUUUGUUUCUCGGAUGCAAAGUCCCCCUUCUGUAAAUGCAUAUAUGUGUAAAUAAAUGAAGAUCCUUAAAUGCAAGUAUAUCGUUUAUCA